AUGAUCGCGGCGGUAUCUCUGUACGCUGCGUGCGGAAUUCUGUUGGCACUGCUGCCUCUACGGCCAUGUUUGCCUAUCGUGCAUGAAAAUGGCAAUGUGAUGCCACGCGCAUCUGCACCGCGUUGCCGGUUUGAGGUAGGUCAGACCUUUCUUGAGCUUUGUGCCGCGGAAGGUUGCGGCGACAACAACAUUUACUCUGUGUCACUCUCAACUUCCCCGCGGAGCGAUAAGCUCGCCUUUUCGGCCGGAAAGUUGGCUGCAGAGCUGAGCCGCCAACAAAACUGCAACCUCCCGCUGUACUAUCGCAGUGAACUGGGCACCAACUACCUCUCUGCAGGUCUGGAUGGAUUCAGCGAAGCGGUAGCGGCGCAGUUCUGGUACGAGGGGCACACCGAUUACGACUUUGAGAACGGUGGCCCGAUGAACCGGAACCCCAACGUGCUGUCGUUCACGCAGCUCAUCUGGAAAUCAUCGCAGGAAGUAGGCUGUGGCGUUGCGUGCUGCGACAGUCGGCAAAUAGUGCUCGUCUGCCAGUUCAACCCGCCCGGCAACAUUCAGGGUACGCCCAGCAGUAGCUUAAACGAACGAUGUGCAGGCCACUUCACCAGUAACGUUCCGGAGAAGUUCGAAAGACUCAACGAUAUCGUAAAAGAAGUGCCGUAUGAACUCUAA